AGAGAAGCAACCGAGAUCGGCGGGGGCCAAGAGAUUUCAAUCAGUUUCCUUGGGCAUUUUGUGGGUUGGAAAGCGGGCCGCGGGACCCACUGGGCUCCCGUCAGCACUAGUCCGCUUACGGUAGGCGAGAUGCUCUACCAUUCAUCGUCCGUCGAUAACUUCAAAGUUUUAGGGCUGUGUUUUCCCAAACAUAUCAGCCGCAACAACUUUUGGGAACAUAAAUGCUACCUCCCUUCUGCUUUCUCUUCGUCUGCAUCAUCUCUGCAUCCGACUUCAGAUCUUCUUGACUACCGCAAACACCACGUUUUAUUUAGCAUCUUUCUUCCUCACUACCUACAAUGGGCACCGUUACCUACCGCGACGGGAUCGCUAUCCUACAGCUCAUCGUUUUCCCCGUCAUUCUCGUUGCUGCCAUAUUUAUCUGGAGACGAACUGGAUGGCGGGUUGGUAGCAAGAUCUGGCGAUUCGCAGUCACACUCUCCCUCAUUCGAAUUGCCGGCAGCAUCGCGUCACUCUUGACCAUCAGCCAUGAUUCCUACAAUGUCGAGGUCGCCGUAGCGGUGUGCGAGCUCAUCGGCAUUGCUCCUCUGCUACUCACCUAUGUCGGUCUCUUGAGACAAAUCGACACGCAGCAAAGCCUCCCUCCCCGCUUCCUCAACAUUGUGUCCCUCGUCUGCAUUAUUGGCUUGAUCCUCGGCAUUGCAGGUGUCAGCAGUGCGGAUGACAACGGCACCUACCACGUGAACAGCAUCGUUAAGGCAUCCAUGGGCAUUUUCCUCGCCAUCUUCGUCCUCAUCGUUGCGAUCGGCGCAUGGCUCUUCGUGCAAAUUCGCCCCACCAUGCGGGCGUUCCAGAGGAAGCUCUUUCUCGCGAUCGCGCUCUCCUGUCCUCUGCUCAUUGUCCGGCUGGUUUACUCGGCGAUGGGAGAUUACACGACUGAUACCCGGUUCACGGUGCUGGUGGGUAGUCCCACCAUCUACCUGUGCAUGGAUGUGCUGGAGGAGAUUUUCGCUAUGCUCAUCACUAUGGUUCUGGGGGUCUCGGCUGUGUUGGAGAAGGAUUUUGUGCAGUUGAGUCCGACUGAGAGGUCCGCAGAUGGAAAGAUUGAAGGAGUAUGAGGGCUUUUCCGGCAGUUAGCUUAAGUGGUUUAUUUGAAUUUCUAUGUGCG